AGAGAGCUAACGAAGGGCCUUAACAAGACAAACAGGAUCAGACCUCGGCAGCUGGAGAGUCUGUGAUGAGUUCAGGAUCUCAUCAGUGUGACUGGAUGCAGCUGUGCAGCUCCCAGCCUGGAACCAGGUCCUGGAAGGUCCUGAAUCAGGUCAGAUGGUUCUUCACUCAUGGACGAGUCGGCGUUGGAGCGUUACUUCGAUGACUCCAUUGCAAAUGACUCCAUCUUCACUUUGGGGGAGGGGCUUGGCCUCCAGAGCCCCGCCCACCCCCAACAUGGCCCCACCCCCUCUCGGCCAGGCUCCUCCUUCCUGCCGGUGAAGGCGGGGCCCAGCGGAGAGCCGGGGGCGGAGCUUGACCUCAGCUUCCUACCUGAUGAACUCAGCACGCAGGACGAGGCUCGUCGUCAUGACGACACAGCUGAGAGUCAGACUGCAGCUCUGGACGUGUCUCGGGACAGCGGCAUCUGUCCGGACUACAACUCCCAGGAUUCCACAGCAGCAGCCGCUGACCCCCAGCAGGGGUCAUCCAUGUCGGGGCUGGGGACGGGUGCCUCCCCAUUCUGCCCCAUGACCCCUAUGACCCCCAUGACCCCUAUGACCCCUGUGACCGAGAGGUCAGGAAUCAUCCCACAGUUACAGAACAUCGUUUCCACGGUGAACCUCGGCUGUCCGUUGGAUCUGAAGUUUAUCGCCCUCCAAGCCAGAAAUGCAGAGUACAACCCGAAGCGUUUUGCGGCGGUCAUCAUGAGGAUCCGCGAGCCGCGAACCACCGCGCUGAUCUUCAGCUCGGGGAAGAUGGUCUGUACAGGAGCCAAGAGUGAGGAGCAGUCGCGACUGGCGGCCAGGAAGUACGCUCGCGUGGUGCAGAAACUGGGCUUCCCCGCCCGCUUCCUGGACUUUAAGAUCCAGAACAUGGUGGCCAGCUGCGACGUCUGCUUCCCCAUCAGACUGGAAGGACUGGUCCUGACACACCAACAGUUCAGCAGUUAUGAACCGGAGCUGUUUCCAGGCCUCAUCUACCGCAUGGUGAAGCCUCGCAUCGUCCUGCUCAUCUUUGUGUCGGGGAAAGUGGUUCUGACCGGAGCUAAAGAACGAGCGGAGAUCUACGAAGCGUUUGAGAACAUUUAUCCGAUCCUGCGAGGCUUCAGGAAACAGUGAGGCCCGACCUCUGACGUCACUUCCUGCUCGUUUGUAAAUAGAUGGAAUAAGUCUUUACUGUAUAUCUGUCUUAUUUUGUGUUGUGGAUGGUAAAUGAGUCGGCUGUUUGUUUUUAGCGUCUCUGUUGAAUGUUUCGCCAUCCUGAAAGAAAAUAAAUAACCCAGGAAAGAAAA